UAGAUAUUGUGUUUCUCAACAUUUAUUCAGUUGUGCUAACAGUCUGUCGCGAAAAUACAAUUAGAAACAUAAAACAAUAUGAAUAUCUGUUUAACAUUAUGUUUAGUAUUUGCCGUAUUUUGUGCCCAAAGUAAUGGUGCCGAACAGACAAACUACGAGUACUACACGUCCGGUGGUAUCAAAUCGGGUCUGAGGGCCGACUCCGUAGACUUCACUCUCAACGGAAAGAAAAUCACUUUAUUUAGCGGUUCUUUGCAUUACUUCCGAUUACCCAAAGACUACUGGAAGGACAGGCUCUUGAAGUUCAGGGCCGCCGGACUUAACACCGUGCAAACAUACUCCCCAUGGAAUCUACACGAGGAGACCCCCGACCACUGGGACUUCGAGACGGGUUACCUGAAUCUGAAGGACUUCCUCGAGGCUGUCAAAGCCGCCGACAUGUUUGUCAUGUACCGGAUCGGGCCCUACAUGUGCGGUGAGUGGGACUUAGGGGGUUACCCCUCGUGGCUGCUCAGGGAUCCCAACAUGAAGUUUCGGUCCAACUAUAAGCCACACUUGGAUGCGACGGAGAAGUACUAUAAGAAAAUACUCGACAUUAUUAACGACUACCAGUUCACGAAAGGCGGUCCCAUAAUAGCCAUGCAAUUCGAGAACGAGUUCGGAGGCAUUCAUAACGACAACGAUAAGCAGUACUUCCAGUUCAUGAAG